AUGCAAACUACUAAUCCUAUUCUGGCAGCUUUUUUAAGAGAAAAGAAAAAGAAGGAAGAUAAGAAACCCGCAGUCCCGCGCACAGCAGCGUGGAAGACUAGGAGGCACCCGUAUAUGCCUCCCAGUCAGCCCUUUCGAUGUAUUGAAGCUCCCAAGCUAAUGUGGGUGAGAGAGAAUUCCUCAUCAGCAUAUGAGAAUUACAAGUUCGUUGCUGACGAAAUUGAAAUGUCAGCGUCGGUCGCCAUUCUCGAGGCUAUUUCCUCGGUGACCGCGGUGUCCGUUGGUCGUUGGACAUCCUCGAGUCCAGGGACUGAUGGCUUUUAUAGAUAUUUGGAUUUCUUUGCCAUCGGUCAGAAACACGCGAAGAAAGUCUUUGCAGUGGGUGUUUAUCACCACUAUCGACGUCUUCUCCAUAACAUAGAAACAAGAGUUGGAGCUAUGCAUCAAAGAGAAUGCGAAUGCACAGGCGGUACCUUUACAGUCACGGCACAUGUAGCACCACUCUACGCUGCAGCUCGCGAAAGUCUCGCAUCGACCUCAAAUCCAAGCUUCAUUGCUCCGCUGCGAGUGCAGCCGCUUACAAUUCGCGAUGUCUCUAUGGCUCUUUGUGACUGUACAUCAAUGACUCAGGCAGGAUAUGUCGGGGAAGAUGUGCAAAGUGCAAUCGAGUAUUUUUUCCUUAAUGAACUUGUACUUGUAGAUGAAAAUAUCGCAAAGGCUGAACAAGGAAUUUUCUUCCUAGACGAAACCGACAAACGAAAGCAGGCAAAAAUUGAUGAAGUCGAUGUGACCUAUCUGCGGAUCAACAAAGCCAUGCUGGAUGUGGCCUAA